GGUGGUUGUCACAGAGAGCAAGAAAGAAAGAAAGAAAGGGGAGAGCGCGCACGAGGGAGAACGCUUGUAAUUAGGUUACUUGCAUUUUAAUCCUUUUGAAAUGUCUGGCUGCGUUUUUACGGACGUCGUGUGUUUUUGCGAGAUUCCAAUGAUAAGACUCCUGUUCGACCGAAACGUAUAGUUGCCGGGUUUUAGUACAGAUGCCUCCGUCCCUGCGCUCAUAUGAAGUUGGACUCAGCGUGAAGAAUGUCACCCAGUUUAACCGGAACUAAAUUCGAAGUGUUAUAUGAUCGGCAAACGGUUCGUUAUGUUUUUUUAAACUUCCCUUCCGAAAAAUUGGCCGUUCGUUUCCCAUUGUUAGUUUUGAAAAGAUGUCUACACUUUUGUUGAAGCGACUGUAGCUCUUCAAGAUUUUGCUGUCUGUGUUGAGGAUUUUCGACUGUCACAAACUGGCUUCAUGUGUGACUCUUGAGUAAAGUCUUUUGUUUUACGUUCGUUGACAGAUGGAUGGAAGUUGUCUCCUUUUCUUGAGCGUACUGAAAUACCGUCAGAGGGUGUUUUCCUAUUCAACAAGCUUCGCCGUGCACUUCUGGCAGCCAAGCGAUGGGCGCAGUUUGUAACCGAAUGCAUCUCGAUUUUUCCACCAAGCUUGUUGAAUCGCCACCUUGGUGAAAACAAUGGGCUGGUAUUGACAAACUUCGUCGUCAUUUGAGUUCUAGUUGUUGAUUACUGCAGUCUUAUUUCCUCCCUGAAACAAAUUCUGGUGAGAGCAUCAUGGCACGACACAGUCCAAAUACGAAGCCGAUACCACGCUGUAUAUGGAGCGUGUUUUGGUUGCUGAGAACGUUAGUGGAUUUUGCGCUGUCACAGGAAAUUUACGCACCCCAUUCAAUCCGGAUUGAGGGCCAUUUGACUCUGGGUGGACUGUUCCCGGUGCACGCCAGAGGGGCCGACGGCAUGCCGUGUGGAGAUAUAAAAAAGGAGAACGGAAUCCAUCGGCUCGAGGCUAUGAUGUAUGCUUUGGACCAAAUCAACAUCGAUGAUCAACUCUUGCCCAACAUCACCCUAGGUGCCCGGGUGUUGGACACAUGUUCGAGAGAUACCUAUGCGCUGGAACAAUCCCUAACUUUUGUUCAGGCCCUAAUACAGAAGGACACAUCCGACGUCCGCUGCACUAAUGGGGAACCACCGGUGUUCGUCAAACCUGAAAAAGUAGUUGGAGUCAUAGGCGCCUCGGCAAGUUCAGUAUCGAUUAUGGUGGCCAACAUUCUGCGCCUUUUUCAGAUCCCCCAGAUCAGCUACGCAUCUACAGCUCCGGAACUGAGUGACGACAGGCGCUUUGACUUCUUCUCCAGAGUGGUGCCCCCAGACUCGUUCCAGGCCCAGGCCAUGGUGGACAUCAUUAGGGCCCUGGGCUGGACCUACGUCUCCACUGUGGCUUCGGAGGGCAGCUACGGAGAGAGAGGCGUGGAGGCCUUCACACAGCUUUCCAAGGAAGCAGGUGAGAUCUGCAUCGCUCAGUCUUUGAAGAUUCCUCCCAACUCCAAGCUGGAGGAUUACGACAAAGCCAUCCAACAACUGCUGGAGACGCAGCACUCCCGGGCAGUCAUCAUCUUCGCCAGUGAGGAAGACAUACGGGGAGUUCUCAAUGCCACCAAGAGGGCCAAUCAGGUGGGGCAUUUCCUCUGGAUUGGAUCUGACAGCUGGGGGGCGAAGAGCAGCCCCAUCCACCAGCUAGAGGACGUGGCUGUAGGAGCAGUCACCAUACUGCCCAAACGCUCGUCCAUUAAAGGGUUUGAUGAAUACUUCAUGGCGCUCACCCUUGAGAACAAUCGCAGGAAUGUGUGGUUUGCAGAGUUCUGGGAGGAGAACUUCGACUGUAGGCUCCUCAGCUCCUCCAAGAGAGAGGACACAAGUAGGAAGUGCACAGGUCAGGAGCGAAUAGGUAUUGACUCCAAGUAUGAACAGGAGGGAAAGGUUCAGUUUGUGAUAGAUGCGGUGUACGCCAUGGCCCACGCCCUCCACAACAUGCAGAGGGACCUGUGUCCAGACCACCCUGGGAUCUGCCCUCAGAUGGAGCUAGCUGAUGGAAAGACCCUGCUCAAAUACAUUAGGAAUGGCAACUUCAAUGGCAGCGCCGGCACCUCAGUCAUGUUCAACAGAAACGGUGACGCCCCAGGACGCUACGACCUGUUCCAGUUCCAGAAGACCAACUCGUCCAUCCCUGAGUACAGGCCCGUGGGCCAGUGGGUGGAGACACUGCAGCUGAAGCUGGAGGAGCUGCAGUGGCCGGAGGGGGAGCAGGAGGUCCCUAUCUCUGUGUGCAGCCUGCCCUGUAAGACUGGCGAGAGGAAGAAGAAGGUGAAGGGCAUGCCCUGCUGCUGGCACUGCGAGCUGUGUGACGGCUACCAGUACCAGUAUGACGAGACCUCCUGUCGCCUGUGCGCCUACGACAUGAGGCCCAACCCCAACCGCACCGCCUGCCAGCCCAUCCCCAUCGUCAAGCUGGAGUGGCACUCCCCCUGGGCCGUCAUCCCCGUGUUCCUCGCCAUGCUGGGCAUCAUCGCCACCAUCUUCGUCAUGGCAACGUUCGUCCGCUACAACGACACUCCCAUCGUGCGGGCGUCGGGACGGGAGCUCAGCUACGUGCUGCUGACGGGCAUCUUCCUGUGUUACAUCAUCACCUUCCUGAUGAUCGCCAAGCCAGACGUGGGUGUGUGCUCCUUCCGCAGGAUCUUCCUGGGGCUGGGCAUGUGCAUCAGCUACGCCGCGCUGCUCACCAAGACCAACCGCAUCUACCGCAUCUUCGAGCAGGGCAAGCAGACGGUCACCGCCCCUCGCCUCAUCAGCCCCACCUCCCAGAUCGCCAUCACCUCCAGCUUGAUCUGCGUGCAGCUUUUGGGCGUGCUGGUGUGGUUCGCCGUGGACCCGCCCAACACCAUCAUCGACUAUGAGGAGCAGAAGACAAUCAAUCCAAUGCUGGCCCGCGGUGUGCUGAAGUGUGACAUCACGGACCUGCAGAUCAUCUGCUCGCUGGGCUACAGCAUCCUGCUGAUGGUCACGUGUACCAUCUACGCCAUAAAGACCAGGGACGUGCCAGAGGACUUCAACGAGGCCAAGCCCAUCGGCUUCACCAUGUACACCACCUGUAUCGUGUGGCUGGCCUUCAUCCCCAUCUUCUUUGGCACGGCCCAGUCUGCAGAGAAGCUGUACAUCCAGACCACCACGCUGACCAUCUCCAUGAACCUCAGUGCCUCUGUCGCGCUCGGCAUGCUCUACAUGCCCAAGGUGUACGUCAUCAUCUUCCACCCGGAGCUCAACGUGCAGAAGAGGAAGAGGAGCUUCAAAGCCGUGGUCACGGCCGCCACCAUGUCCUCCCGCCUGGCCCAGAAGCCCGGAGAGCGGCCCAACGGAGAGGCCAAGACAGAGCUGUGUGAGAACCCUGCCACAACCGACCCGAUGAGUCAAGCUACCAAGAAAACAUAUGUGAGUUACAAUAACCUCAGGAUCUGAUUGGCAUCUAGGAAACCCUCCGUCUCCCACCUCUGUGACAUCGCAGGGGGAGGAGCCUCAGUAGAGAGAGGGGAGGCAGAUUGACCUUCCCACCUAUGCACUACCUUGGACUGUGGGUAGCGUCAGCAUUCAUGACUUUGUCACUGGAAAAGAAGGAAGUGGAUAAGGAAUGGCAGAUAAUGCACAUGAGGAAGUAUGUGGAGGUAAAUACAGCCAGGAAACAGACUAGGAACAGGCCCAGUUCUGGAACCAGACUGGAGGUUCUGGGUUUGAACUAUUCCACCGAUGUCUGAGCUGCUUCCCCGCACCCUGUCACAGUCAGUGAACCACUGACGGAAUGUCUUACUGGCUAUAUCCUGGUCGAUCAACCUAAGAACCACUGGGAAAAAGACAGUAGGGCUGUUUAUCAGAGUUUCUUUUUAAAUAUUUCAUUAAAGCCAUAUUCUCUUGAAGUAUCCAUUAUAUUCGUUUUCCUUAAGUGUGAUUUCUUAAGUUUCUUGUGUAUGAUAUUUUUUGUCAGCAUAUAGUCUGUUGAGCACAUUGAAUAGAAAACUCUUAAAUUAUUUUAUUUGAUAGAAUCAACAAAAAUUUCAUUUUAACACAAGUACUGUAACUAUUUCAGAAUUAGGUUAUGUAUUUUUAUUUUUUGUAAAUAUCUGAGAGUAUUUUCAUGUUUGAGGUACAAAAAUUGUAUCUAAUGUAUAUUCAAUUGGCUUUGAAUGGAAAUGAAAACACCAAGUGUUCACAUUGCAUGUGCCAAUGUA